AUUGUCUUUAUGGUGCAUUAUUUGUGUAGUUGCGUUACUAUAAUCUCACAAUUAUGACUGACGAGUCUGAUCCUCACCGAAUGUGGUGUGACCUUAAAGCCUGCAUAGAUAAAAAGCCACCAGAUACCUGUUCUGCUGCAACACAGGAUGAGUAUUUUGUGGGAAUCCAGAGUAGCUUUGUUCAGUUAAUCACACGUUUCCCUCUCUUCGCCGUUGAACAUAAAAUAGAGUUAGAAAUGUGGAAUGUUCUAUACAAAACUCAGAUUAACUCACUACAGUCGUUGUUAAACCAACGUUUAUCCGGUACCGGAAACAGUGGAUCUCUUAAUUGUUCUACUAUGGAGCUCAAACUUCGAUUGGUUUUAUUGUUAGAUCGUGCUUCAGGUAUAUAUUUCAAUCUUAUCUACCAAUUACUUCAACCAAUUUCUGAACUUCCAUGGCCUAAAGUGGUACUGAGUUUCAUUGGGAGCGUCGACAGCAUCUUAGACUCAGAGAAUAAUAAGAAGGGGAAACAUGUUUCCGAUUACCUUGAUCUAGAUCUGGCAACUUUUUCUGCCAACAAAGCAUGCAGUAAAAGAAUGAAAAAUACUGAAACAAACAAAUUUUUAUCAAUCACACAAGAAUCAGACACAAAUGUUAUUGCACCACGUAUACUAUCUAGAGGUGAUCGACUUCCGUCAGAGAUUAUGACAGUUUCUUCAAGUGUAGAAAACAGUAAAAUCAGCGGCCAAGCUAUAAAAUACCCCGAUGAAAUAGGAAACAAAAAGGAAAAAACUAAUGUGAAUACUAACCAAAGUUCUAAUAUUCACUGUUUGGAUCAAGAAGCCGCUGUUAUUUACCUAGUACAUCAUUGUUUAGUUCAUCUUGGAGAUAUUGCACGGUACCGUCAACAGCCAAAUGUUGCUGCUGGUUAUUACCUUUGGUCUUGGGUUGUACACCCUGAUUCUGGUCAUUCUUUCAACCAGUUAGCUAUUUUAGAAGCAAUUAAGCCUUUACCUAGAAGAUGUAUAGAUGCUUUGUUUUAUUAUUAUAUACGUGCACUAGCAUGUCUACAUUCAUUUCCUGCUUCUAUGAAUAAUUUAUCUAAUGUAUUGUUGGACUAUUACAAGUCAUUUGAAUUAUCUUCUAUGUAUUUUAAUGAUAAUAAUAAUCAUGAGAAACUACCUACUGAUUCAACGAGAGAUGUAAUGUUAAGUGCGAAACGCUGGCCAAAAUUUACCAAUCAACAAAUACGAACACUUAUACAGUUUUAUGCAGCACUCCAUUUGCAUACAGAUCCUGUCAAACUGAUAAAAAUGGCUGAUAAUCUUUUCGAAAACAUGAACAACUGGAAUAUAGUAGAAUUGAACAAAAAUCAAUUGAUACGUAUAUUGUGUAUUCAUUUCUAUUUAACUGAUCAAUACUUAUCAGACACGAAAUCAAAUGUAUCAUCAUUUCAAACAAUAGAUGGGAAAUCUUUUAUACUGAAUGAAUAUCAAACGGGCACUGCUCUACUCUUAUGUUUAACGAUUUAUUUAAUUAAUUGGAUUACUUCAAGUAUAUGUGGUAAUACAUCAAAAACAGUAUCAUUAAAUGAACAUAUUUCAAGUACCAUGUCAAGUGAUGAAACAAUCACCGGUGUUAGUAACAACAACCAUAUCAACAAUGAUAAUAAUAUUAAUAAUUCGAUCAAUAAGGAUGAGGAUUCCACCUUACUUGUUUCUUCGACUGCAAACAUUCAUCCUACUUCUAAUGAUAUUAAUAAAAUUGACAUAGCAGCAUGUAGACUGGAAUUAUUAAUCGCAUUGAAUUUAUUAUUCCUUUGGUUUCGGUCAAAUCGCUUCACUGAGAUUAAUGCAGGGAAUAAACCAUCUUAUCAAUUGACCGAUAAAUUAUUUCAAUUAUUAACUCCUACAUUCACUGAAAAUACAGUGUACUUUUUAAAUAAUUUACUUAAACACUAUCAGCCGUUAUUACAUAAUGUCGAUAAUCAUAAUGGUGGGCGAAAACAACCUACUGAUAUACCUGUACAAGUAAACAAUAACAAUGAAAACACAAAUGAUCGUGUUAAUAGCAAAACAAUCGAUGCUGAUAUUGUUGAAGGAGAACGUGAAAAUUCUUCUCUUAUUAAAAAACAUGUCGAUCCUUGUGAUGAUGAUGAUGAUGAUGAUGAUGAUGAUGAUGAUGAUGAUGAUGAUGAUGAUGAUGAUGAUGAUGAUAAUAACCGUGAGAGUGAAGUCCAUAACAUUACUCCCAUAGAUUGGAUUCGUUUAAUGAAGCUGCCUGAAAUGGUCGUACUACAAGGUUUUCAACCACUUCAUAUACCAACACAACGUUCAUUAUGCAGUUCAUUAACAGAUUACAAUCCUGUACAUCCAUUCCUUCUUGAUUUCUCCAGUGAUAAACUAGAUGAACUAAUAAUUCCAAACAAUGAAAAUAUGCAUGAAACUGGUGUUUCAAAGCCUAAAGAAGUUGGAUUGGAACGUGUCCUGUGCCUGUUAACAUCUGCUCGAUAUGUAGCUCUAGUGUUCCCAUCCCUAGUAGAUUGGAUUCCAAAUUCUAGAGAUGAAAAUUCAGAUUCCACAAAAACAACUUCUGUCUGGUUUGGUUCAUUCUGUUACAAAAGUCAUUCCUCAUGCAGUUUAAAAAACAUGUUCAGUGUACUUAAGAAACCUACAACUAUUACUGCUACUACUGCUAUUAAUAGUAAUAGAAAAGAAACUCAGUCAAAUAAAACAACUUUAAACAACUUUGAAGAGCUACGUGACACUGACACUAAUCCUCUGCAUUUUAACGCUGUGCUUAACAAUAAUGAACAAGUUAGUCCUGAAGAAUCUAAAAUACAAAAAUCAAUAAACUUUGAUAUGUUGAAUCCUAAUCUACCUGGAUCGGCUCCUCCUUGUGGUAACAGCAAUGAACAAUUAUCUAAUGUGUCUGUAACUACCCAUCAUGAAACAAUAAAAACCAAUUCAAUAAAUAAUGAAACCAUAGAAGUAACUACAUCAAACGAUUUUGUAGUACCCUCAACUACAUCAUCACUACCCUCCUCAUUACUAUCUCAUGUUGGGACCUCCGGUGGACUUAUCAUGAAUGCGGAGUUAGCUAAAUUUAUUCAAGAACAAGCCAGCCAGGUUGCAGCUAGACAACAACGAUUCAAUAUGUCUACUAAUUCCAUUGUUAAUGACGACCAACAACAACUGGAAUCCACCGAAGCAUCCAUACCCACUACUGUUUGUGGAAAUUCGGAUGUUGGUUCUGUAAGAGGAAAUUUACCUAUGCCAGGAGGAGGACUAGAAACAUCUUUAUCAAGAUUAAGUUUAAGCGCAACAUUCAAACGAAAUCUACCACCAAGAUAUGCUAAAUUAUUACAAGCAAAAGAAUUACAAGAAAAAGAGGCUUUAAAAAAUCGACACGGUCAUCAAACGCAGAAAGAGUUAAGCUCAUCACUACUGCCACUUGAUAAACCUGCUCCUUUAGCACGUAAAGAGUCAGAAGCACCCACAGACCUUAUUUGUUUAUUAUCAUCAUCUGAUAUAAACCCAGUUCUACUACAACAUCUUCAUGAACAGCAUAUUCAACAACGGCCUCAAUGGUUUUAAAUUAAUUCCAUGAAGUAAGAAGAGAAAAUUAAGUAAAUGACAAUGACAACAUUACCAUCAAGAUCUGAUUGAAGAAAAAGAAAUAUUAGUAGUAGUAAGAGGAACAGAAAAUUCCAAUGAAUUUAUUUGGAAUGUCUUCAACAUAAACAAUCCUGAGAUAUUAUUAUUUUGCAUUAUUCUCAAAAAAAAACUAGUUCUAUACCAUUGUAUAAGUUUGUUGAUUCGUAUGUUUUGUAUAUUGUAAUAAGUUAAGAUAGAAUUGCUUGUUUCCUGUUUUGUUAUUUUGUACUGUAUUUUUAGAAUAAUGAGAUUUAUUUAAAAUCUUGUUGAAAUUUGUAAAAAAAAUUAAUUGGGAUUGUGAAUGUAAAACUGUCUUUCAAAUAAAGAUAUACAUAUAACUCA